GCAGCUGGCCCGGGGCGGGUGCUGCUGAGAGCUGUCAGCCCGCUGUGCGAUGGAAACCACUUCAAGCCGGGGCUGGCUUCUAGCACCGAUGGAAGAAGAGAAUUUAUCCAAAGAUUAAAACUUGAAGCAACACUGAAUGUGCAUGAUGGCUGUGUGAAUACAAUUUGCUGGAAUGAUACAGGAGAAUAUAUUUUAUCGGGUUCAGAUGAUACCAACCUGGUAAUUAGCAAUCCCUACAAUAGAAAGGUUUUAACAACCAUUCGUUCAGGACACAGGGCAAAUAUUUUUAGUGCAAAAUUCUUACCUUGCACCAAUGACAAGCAGAUUGUGUCCUGUUCUGGAGAUGGAGUAAUUUUUUUUACUAACAUUGAGCAAGAUGCUGAGACCAACAGACAAUGCCAAUUCACGUGCCACUAUGGAACUACCUAUGAGAUUAUGACCGUACCAAAUGACCCCUAUACUUUCCUCUCUUGCGGUGAGGAUGGCACGGUCAGGUGGUUUGAUACUCGAAUCAAAACAAGCUGCACAAAAGAAGAUUGUAAAGAUGAUAUUUUAAUAAACUGCCGACGUGCUGCAACCUCUGUAGCUAUCUGUCCUCCAGUACCAUAUUAUCUUGCAGUGGGCUGUUCUGAUAGCUCUGUAAGAAUAUAUGACCGGCGAAUGCUUGGCACAAGAGCAACAGGUAAUUAUGCAGGUCGGGGCACUACAGGAAUGGUUGCACGAUUUGUUCCUCCCCACCUCAAUAACAAAUCCUGCAGGGUAACAUCUCUGUGCUACAGUGAAGAUGGGCAGGAGAUCCUUGUUAGCUAUUCUUCAGAUUACAUAUACUUGUUUGACCCUAAGGAUGAUACAGCACGAGAACUUAAGGUUCCUUCUGGAGAAGAAAGAAGAGAAGAAUUACGGCAACCUCCCGUUAAACGUUUGAGACUAAGAGGGGAUUGGUCAGAUACAGGACCACGAGCAAGGCCUGAGAGUGAACGAGAAAGAGAUGGGGAGCAAAGUCCUAAUGUCUCACUGAUGCAAAGGAUGUCAGAUAUGCUAUCAAGAUGGUUUGAAGAAGCUAGUGAAGUUGCACAGAGCAACCGAGGACGCGGAAGAUCUCGAUCUCGAGGUGGAAGCAGCCGACCAGAUGCCUCCAUUACUAGCAACAUACCACCAAGUGUUGAACCAGAGACUCCAAUGGAAGUGGAUGGUCAUGAACAGGUUCUAUCCUCUUCAUCCUCUACAAUGUCAGCACAAGCUCCCUCAACAUCUUCCUCAGUGGAAAGCCCACCUUCCACAUCUUUGCUAUCCUCGCCUGACAGUGAACAAAGACCAUCUUUGGAGGCCUCUAGUCAUCCUACUCUCCAUCAGUCUGAAUUAAUGGCACCUGAGUUAGCUAUACUCCGUAGGGGUCUGCAGCGGCUGAGGCUUAAGAAGGCUGAACAACAGAGACAGCGAGAGCUAGCUGAGGGUUCAGCACCACAGUCCUCCUCCUCUGAUCAGUCUUCCCCUAAGGGCUCCUCACAGGACCCUCAGACUUCAGACAGUGGAAAGCAGAGCCCACGAGCAGGCACAGGUGAACCUGUUUUAAGUUUGCACUACAGUACAGAAGGAACAACUACAAGCACAAUUAAACUGGACUUCACAGAUGAGUGGAGCAGCACAACUUCAAGUUCUAGAGGGAGUGGAAGUCAUUGCAAACCUGAAGGCCAGGAAGAAGCUGUAAGAACACAAAGCUCAGAGCAGCCAACACCAGAAAAUGAAGAAACAAGAGUCCCUAAAGAAUUGCAUGAGAAAGUCACAAGUGCGGAAGAGGUGAAAACUGUAGAUGAAGCUGUAGAGAGAACAGAUACAGCUGUAUCAGAUAAGUAUAUAUCAGAGCAUCCUGGAACCAGCACAGAAGGAGAAAGUGAUCCCAAUCUUGACAGUGUCUGUAGGAAUCCAGAAGAAGGAUCUUCAAGUGAAAGAAGCAAAGAACAGGAGAGUUCAAGUCAACAACAUACAGAAUCCACUGCCAACCCAGUUAAUACAAACCAUGAACUUCAGCCACAGCCAGACUCUUCAGGGCUUGCAGCUCAUGAAGAAUCAUCCACCAGAAGCACUGCUUUCCAAGAAACUGAUGAUAGUGAUGAUGACCCUGUCUUGAUACCUGGUGCAAGGUAUCGAGGAGGACCAGGACACAGAUUUAAUAUCAGAGGAACAGCAAUAGGUGAUAGAAUAAUGAGGCGAUCUGCUGUUGCUCGGAUUCAGGAACUCUUCAGAAGAAGAAAAGAAAGGAAAGAGAUGGAAGAAUUGGAAACCCUGAAUAUUAGACGACCUUUAAUAAAGAUGGUUUAUAAGGGUCAUCGGAACUCCAGGACAAUGAUAAAGGAAGCCAAUUUCUGGGGCUCUAACUUUGUAAUGAGUGGUUCAGAUUGUGGCCAUAUCUUCAUCUGGGAUCGGCAUACUGCUGAGCAUCUGAUGCUGCUGGAAGCUGAUAAUCAUGUGGUGAAUUGUCUACAGCCACAUCCAUUUGACCCAAUUCUUGCCUCGUCAGGUAUUGAUUAUGAUAUAAAAAUCUGGUCACCACUAGAAGAGUCCAGGAUUUUUAACCGAAAACUUGCCGAUGAAGUUAUAACUCGUAAUGAAUUAAUGCUGGAAGAGACCAGAAACACAAUUACUGUUCCUGCUUCUUUCAUGUUACGAAUGCUGGCAUCGCUGAAUCACAUAAGAGCAGACCGAUUGGAGGGUGACAGAUCAGAAGGGUCUGGUCAGGAGAAUGAAAAUGAAGAUGAAGAGUAACUGGCUCUUCUAUGCGAGCACCUAGACAUUACGGAAUUUAUAUAAGACAUUAAUUAUAUUUUUCCUUACAGAGCUUUAGUGCAAUUUUAAGGUUUUGCUUUUGGAUAACCUAACAUUUUGUUUCUGAAUGACUGUGUGCAUGACUUUGGGAGUGUGUGCAAGUAAAAAUAAGCAGAAAUGUUUUUAAAACGUUUUGCCAUGUCUGAGGGGUGCUAGAAGAUGCAAAGUGCAAUAUUUUCCUUAACCUGCAAACAUGGGAGCUUGGAUCAAUGUUUAAAAAGAACUUUCAUUAGAGCAAAAACAUUGGUUCAAAUAAAUUUCUAUACCUGCUAUUUGCAUGUUUGUUGCUUUCUAAUUAAAAGAUUUGGUUGUUUUAAAAUU